ACACACACACACACACACACCUCCAGCGCCAGCACCGACCGCUCACUAACUUCUGACGCCCAGCGGAGCGCGUCACACACCGCGAUCCUCGCACGCGUCGGAGAGGCUCUGGAUCCGCAGGCCUGGAGAAGAAGAAGCGAUCCUCGCAACUCAACAACUUUACAUCACCAUUCCAGCACUUUAACUAACUUUCAGAGCGGCUGCGGUGAGUGUGUGUGAGUGCUAACGCUUCCGAAGACCCACACACACUCCGUCCAACACUUCUGCUGAAACUGGCCUCGCCGGAGGACAUGCUCUUCGUUACUUUACUGAGUGUGUUCGGCGGUGAUGGGAUGUAAUGGAAGAAAGGAACAUUUACAAAGAAGAAAAGUUCUCGUGAACAGGAUCCGCCCGAAUCAUCUCACUAACACACUCUUGGGAAUAUUCCUGUAGAUCCGUCCGCUAAAGCCCGUGUCGAGCUGAUCUCGGUGGAGGAGUGUGUGUGAGUGUGAGUGUGUGAGAGGUGAAGUAGUAAAUUGCGGAGUCCGUCCCUCAUUUCCAUCUCAGUUGUUCCCACUGGAGCUCUGCCAAUCCAGAGGAUCGUUCACUAUCAUAAUGAUAACUCCGCAGAAGCGCAGAUCCCAGCGCGAGUUCGAGCGGCUCUUCUGAUGAGUGUGAGUGAGGAAGAAUGUCCCGUCGGAAGCAAGCGAAGCCCCAGCACCUGCGGUCGGACGAGGAGCCCGGGUCGGUCCUGCUGCCGGGUCACGUCUCCGGUGAAGGAGUGGAGGAUUCAGACAGUGGAAAUGAGAGCCGCAGCGGGAGCGAAGAGACCCACGUGUGUGAAAAGUGUUGCGCUGAGUUCUUUAAGUGGUCGGAUUUCUGUGAACAUCUGAAUACCUGUACCAAGAACCCGCUAGUGUUGAUUAUCAGUGAUAAUGAGGUGACUUCAGACCCAGCCCAGGACUACGUGCCGGAGCCAUCCCCGGUGCCCAGCAGCGAGCCGGCCGAGAGCGAGGACGACCCCGGGGGAAGCCUCAUCCCUCACGCCGAAGCCGACGAAGGAGCAGACAUGAUGCUGGAUCCGGGUUCUGUCCUGGAGAAAGAAGACGAGCCCAUGGAGGUGGAACUGUCUCCUGAGAAACCCACAGAUUCUGAAGAUCAAGUUGCCCUGGCAGAGCCAGACAUAAGCCUACCUCAGAUUGAGGACCACACGCAGUCCUCCGGGGCGGGCUACUCUAUUCCCAGCACUAACGUCACGCUGGAAACCCUGCAUGGGACCCGUGUGGCGGUGGCCCAGUUCUCUCAGGGUGCCCGGGGGGCUCUGGCUGGUGAAGUGUCCACUAUGGCCAUCCCCAUGAUCCUGGACCAGCUCAUGGCCUUGCAGCAGCAACAGCUCCAUCAGCUUCAACUCAUAGAGCAGAUUCGGAGCCAGGUGGCGCUAAUAAACAAACAAGCCCCCACACAGCCCGCCGUCAACCAUCAAGUAGACCACAGCAUGAAUGCUGCCUUACAAGUCAGCUCAUCCUCCAGCAUACCCACCAUGUCUGGGCAGCUUCAUCUGCGUGGCUUCAUUACACCCCCUGUGCAUCAGCUUCCUAUCAAGGGACCCUCCACUUUAAACGGGCAGGUCUCCGCUUCAUUAUCUUCAGCUCUGGAGGGAGCCUGUUCCAAUGUCCCUCAGACGGGUGGCCAACUGGCGAGUUCUGGGAUGAAAAGCAAUAUCACAAUGAAUUCCCUGUAUCCAACAACCAGUAAUGCGGCUCCCUCCCAAAUGCCACCAUGCUCAGUGUCGAUUAGCAGCAGUGGCUGCACUAGCAGUAGCACAGGGCCUGGGGGUGAAGCCAGUUGUUGUAUUUCACUACCAAGGAACACACCUAGUCCUUUGACGCUGACUCAUGGGAGAUUGCUAACAUCCCCCUCCAGCCUUCCCCUUGUCCCUCACAGCUCGCCCAACAGUGUUAUCUUCCCUAAUCCUUUAGCCAGUAUCGCAGCCACAACAAAUGCUCUUGAUCCUCUUUCCGCCCUAAUGAAGCACCGCAAAGGAAAGCCCCCAAACGUCUCAGUGUUUGACACCAAACCCAGUUCAGAAGAUCCCUUCUUCAAACACAAGUGCAGAUUUUGUGCUAAGGUGUUUGGAAGUGACAGUGCCCUGCAAAUUCACCUUCGUUCCCAUACUGGUGAAAGGCCUUUCAAAUGCAACAUUUGUGGUAAUCGCUUCUCUACAAAGGGUAACUUAAAGGUUCAUUUUCAGAGACACAAAGAAAAGUAUCCUCACAUCCAAAUGAACCCCUAUCCUGUUCCUGAGUAUUUGGACAAUGUUCCAACUAGCUCAGGUAUACCUUAUGGGAUGUCCUUUCCCCCAGAAAAACCUGUUACCACAUGGCUGGACAGCAAACCUGUUUUGUCUACAAUCCCAUCACCGGUAGCACUGCAACUCCCUCCAACCAUGCCCAGCAUUCUAGGAAACUAUGGGGAUUCUACUAGUUUCACCCCUUUAAGUCGGUCACCUCAAAGGCCAUCCCCGCCAUCAAGUGAGUGCACAUCUUUGUCUCCUAAUCACCUCAUUGCUGAGGCCAGUUCUGCACAAACCUCCAGUUCCCCACAUCCCAAUGUGGCGAGUGACACGCCUCCAGUUCUCAAACCUGAAGCCUUUCUUCUACCACCCAACUCCCCCACCAGGCCUGGAGAAACCGGCAUGUCGAUCACUUCCAUGCCCCAAGUGAUGUCUGCGACCACAGUUACAACCUCGACCAGGACACAGAUCACAGACUCAUCGAAUACUCCGUCUGCUGUCUCUCAUCCCUCCCUACAAAUGAUGUCCAGUCAGUUUAAGCCCAAGUUUCCUUUUGGUGGCCUCCUGGACUCUAUGCAAACAUCAGAGACCUCAAAACUACAGCAACUGGUGGAAAAUAUUGAUAAGAAGAUGACAGACCCCAACCAGUGUGUUAUCUGUCAUCGUGUGCUCAGUUGUCAGAGUGCCCUGAAGAUGCACUAUCGCAUCCACACAGGAGAAAGACCCUUUAAAUGUAAAAUAUGUGGUCGUGCUUUCACAACCAAGGGUAAUUUGAAAACACACUUUGGGGUUCACAGAUCAAAGCCCCCUCUCCGGGUACAGCACUCUUGCCCCAUAUGCCAGAAAAAGUUUACUAACGCCGUAGUUCUGCAGCAACACAUCCGCAUGCAUAUGGGUGGACAGAUUCCCAACACACCCCUGCCUGAGAGUUUUCAGGACAUGGACACAGAUCUCUCCUUUGAUGAAAAGAGCUUAGAUGCCAUGAGCAACUAUGAGGACGAGCUACUUGACGAGAUGGACCAAGUAACGGAAGAUGAAACAUGUCUCAAAGAAGGGAACGUGAACUCACCAAAACAACACAAUUCAUACUCAGACAUGUCUCCAAGCACCUCUCCCCCAACCUCUCUGAUCUCCAGCAUUGUUGCUUUGGAGAAUGAAAUGAAGCUGAGUGACCCAACAGUUAACGUAACCCAUUCCUUCAGCCUAAAGCCUCCAGAAAAUGGGAGUGAAAUUGAUGGGGAAAAUGGAGACAUGUUUAAGAAUGACUCAUCUUCCACUAUGGGAGACUUGGAGAACCACAGUGUUGGGAGUCCAGCACAGUCUGAGUCCUCUGGCUCGAUGCAGGCUCUCUCUCCUACCUACAGCCAGCCGGAGAGCCAUCGCUUCGAGCCGCCGAGAGUCGAGUCCCCUCCUCAGGCAAAAAGCAGCAAGGACGAGGCUCUGCAUUCUGCUUCAGUGAGUGCCACGGUGAAGUCUGAGCAGUCGGACAGCCCUUCUCCUGGAGCAGAGAACACGGGCGCAUUAGAUCUCACUGCCACACAGCCCAACAGGCCAUUUGUCAAAGAUGAGAAUCACUUCAGUCUGCUGUUCCUGGGAAGAGACAGAGGUUUAAACACUCCCAGUAUUAUGAGCUCAGAAUCAAGCACAGUGAAAUAUGAGAAUGGACACAACAAACCACUGACCUUGUGUGAGGGACCCCACGUACCAGUCGGCCCCCAGGUUCCUACCGCCACCCCUCACACAACCAUAAGCCCCAACCUGGCUCCAAUGCUGGCUCCGCCCCCACCCCGCCGGACCCCCAAACAACACAACUGCCACUCCUGUGGGAAGAACUUCUCGUCCGCCAGCGCUCUUCAGAUCCACGAGCGCACGCACACCGGAGAAAAGCCCUUCGGCUGCUCCAUCUGCGGCAGAGCCUUCACCACAAAGGGAAAUCUAAAGGUCCACAUGGGAACCCACAUGUGGAACAACGCCCCGGCCCGGCGGGGCAGACGCCUCUCCGUGGAGAACCCCAUGGCUCUUCUGGGGGGAGAUGCCAUAAAGUUCAGCGAGAUGUUUCAGAAGGACCUCACCGCCCGAGCAAUCAACGUAGACCCGGGCUUCUGGAAUCAGUACGCCGUAGCCAUCACCAAUGGACUGGCCAUGAAAAACAAUGAGAUCUCUGUCAUUCAGAACGGAGGCAUUCCUCCGAUUCCCAUUAGUCUGAGUGGCGGAGGCAUUCCCGCGGUGGGAGGACUGUCCGGCGGGAUGGAGAGGUCUCACACCGGCAGCACGUCCCCCGGGAACACGCUCGACAAGACCAGCCUGGAAGUGGGAGCCGGACACCCCUUCUCCAGAUUCAGGGAAAAGGACAAAGAAAUUGGGAUUAAUUGAUAAAGGAUACUGACGGAAAGACUUGACCCAGUUUGAGUGAUGUAUUAUAUUGUACAAAUGACGUCUGAUAUGCUGUUUAGAUAUUUAGUGUUCUUCAGUCCUACUGUACAUUGAUUCGUACAAAGAAAACACGUGUCUCGUUUGAAAAACGUUUGUCUUGAGAGGUUUGCAUGGGUCUGUCAGUAUGUUUCUUAAUAGCGUGACGCUCGCGGCCAGUUCCUACGAGUCCAUGUGUGGGGGUCAGGCCAAGGUCAUUCUCACGAAAUCGGGCAACUUGUAAAAUAUCGUUCGAGUGAGGUCAGAGGUCGUAUGAAUUAGCCACUUUGUAAAUUCCCACGAAUGGCCGUGAGAGUGAUUUUACGGGACACGCGAGGAUGGAAACGUGGAUAUAUUAGUCAGCUUUUUCAAUCACGGACACUAGACACUUGUCCGGACGAAAAAGUCGUUUCAAUUUCUACAUUAAUUUUUCAGCCAUGUUCUUAUAUUAAUGUUCUGUGUCUUAAUAUUUAUGCUAUAAAUUAACAGGAGGUAUUAAAUAUAUUUAAUUGCCCUGAGUUUUUAUCUACUUUAAUUUAAUUUAAUUUUUCUAAAUUGUAAUUCUAAAUAUAUAUUGAAAUAAAGACGUAAAAAAAAAUCUUUGUUCUAUCGAUGCAAUCACGUGGAGGUGUCGUCGUCGUCGUGUGUGUGUGCGCCGCGCGGAUCUGACGCUGCUACGCUCACGCGCCUCUUUUUAUCCUUUGUAAAGAAAUAAAACAGAGUUCUACAAAAACCGUUUGUGUUGAAGAACUGCAGAUCUACUGAGUCCAGACUGAACUGUGAUGCACAUUUUGUAACACAACACAAAAAUGUGUUGAUUUGUCAUGUUUGUGAAUGCACUUUUGGAGGAACGGUCUUGUUUGUGAGAUUACUGUGGGAGAGCGAUCUUCUUCUUCUUCUUCUCCUCCUGUAAAUGUGAGUUCUGGAGCAGAGUCGAGCUCAAUAAAAGAAGAACAGAU